AUGCCAUCCUUCAAGAAUCUCCUGGCUGUUGCCCUCUCCGUGACUGCCGCAACCGCAGCGGCUACCUGUCCUACAAACUGGCUCUCAGACACAUACAAUGUAACAAGAUGCUGUUACGGCAAUAUGCUUCUUGAAGAUACCACGGCUUACUGCUGUGUCUACGAUACAAACCCCGACGCUACAGCAUCCAGCACUGUGACAGCAACCGCCUCAGGUGAUGCGUGCUUUACAAAGAUCCCUUUCACUGCGACUAACUACUCGGAUCUCGUUUCUUCGGCUUCGUCUAAGCUUGUGGCGACGGCUACUGCUACCUCUUCGGAUGCUUCUUCUUCGACUACUUCUGCUGCUACAAGUGGAAGUUCAGGCUCUGCUUCUGUCUCCGGUGCUAGCUCGACAUCUUCUGCUGCGGCUGUGCCGAUUGCUACGGCUUGUGAAGUGAUUAUGGGUGGUGCGGCUAUUGUUGCUGGUCUUUUUGUGCUUUGA